GGAACCGUUUUGCACCUCUGCAUCAAAUACAAUCAGCUGGAAGCAUUGAAGAUACUGGUUGACAAAUUAAAAGAUCCGGAGUUCGUGAAUGCCAAAAAUGAAGAUGGCAUGACCAUAUUGCACCUGGCCGUGUACUAUGAGCAAUAUGAGACCAUCAAAUACUUGCUAUUUAACGCUGGAGUAGAGGUGAACAUCAAGAACGCAAACGGGAAAACGGCGUUAGACCUUUUUGUUUGGGCAGGGAGUCACCAAAAGUUCAGAAAUUUCAAGCUGUCUUCAGGAGGCUGGUGCCUUGAAAGCCAAGGAAAUUCGCUCCCCUAUUGACGACCGGAAGCUCAAGCAGCUAGAGUGGUUCGAGAAAAGCAGAGAAGCAAUAAUGGUGGUGGCCAUACUUAUUGCAACCAUGGCUUUUCAAGCAGGGAUAAGCCCUCCAGGAGGUGUGUGGCAAGAUGACUUGUUAGAAGGACCAAAUCCACACACAAUAGGAGAAGCUGUUAUGGCACAAAAGCAUCCAAAAUAUUACUGGCUUCUGAUUCGGGCAAACACGAUAGCAUUUGUUUCAUCUCUGAGCACAAUUAUUUUGCUCAUUCGUGGGUCGAGCAUCCCCAGCAAGUGCUUAAUGCCGUUGUUGGCCUUUGUCAUGUGGCUAGCCAUUGCAACCAUAGCCAUAACUUAUGCUAUAGCACUUAUUACAGUAGCACCAAAAGAAGCAAGAGGGCGGCAAUUGGGUAAUACAAGUGAGAUUCUAGUCAUCGUACUCAUGGUCUGGAGCGGUUGGAUAGUCACAACCCUGUAUGAGAUAAACGCUCUGUUCAAGAAAUGGCUGAAAAUUCAUCGGAUGGAUAGCAGAGGCUACUUGUUUUCUGAUUUUGUCCGUCAGGUGUUCUCUCGGGUCAGCUUGCGGGCACCCAGGUCUAGUGGCGGAGUUACUCCUCGUACCCCAAGUGGCGACAGCACUCGGGUGUAAAUGCAAGACAUGGAAAGCAUGUAAAUGCAAAAUGUGGCAAUAAUUAUUGGUAUAUAAAUUCAUAUGCAGUGUAAA